AUGAACCAGACUGCUCUUGUCAAUGCAUACAAGAAGAUCAAUCUUCAACCAAUGAUGAUGAUACUGAAGUUCCCAAUGCCUUUAAUGAAAUUGAUGCUCUUUGAGGAUGGAAGUGUUGCAAGUGAGGCAGAAUGUGGUGAUCCAGAACUAGAAGAAGAGAGAAGUGCCUCUGCAAUAGCUGCUAACCAGACAAUGACAAUGAUUACCAGGCGGCAGGAAGAAAAAGCAGCAAUGCAAAUGGAAGCAUUGCAGUGCCAAAGAAUGAUGGAAGAGCAAUCAGAGUAUGAUCCGGAAGCUUUGCAGAUUUUGAAUGAUUUAAUGAUGAAAAGAGAGAAAGAGAAGCAAGAACUUGAAAUGGAAUUGGAAGAGCACAGGAAAAAGAUACUGGACUAUGAAGGAAAAGAGAAAUUGAGGGUGUUGAGAAGAAAAGAUGGAAUUGUAAGAACAAAGGAUGAAGACAAUGGCAUCUUCAACCAUGAGGAAAGCAGCCACAACAAUUUAAGUGCUGAUACAGUUUCAAAUUUGGAGGAGAUGGCAAUAGACUGUGCAAAGUAUAUAAGUGUUGUUGAUAAUUCAUUGGCAGAAUUUGAGGAAGAUAAGGUGUCCAUUCUAGAUGAGUUCAAAGCAUUGAGGGAAAAACUUAUCGCAGUGGUGAUAUAA